AUGGCGCGACGCCUACUAUAAAUAGCUUAGCAAGUUUCUAUCUCUUGGAUAUAUCUCUCUAUAUACCCAAACUUGCUACCUUCUACAUACUUGGUAAUUAAUCUGCCCACGCCGGCAAUCACUCCGGCCACAUCUAUCAUGGCAGAACAGUCGUCGGCCGGCAGCGACGACCCACCAUUCAUGGAGAAAUACAAGAACCUUUUCCAGAGGCACGGUUUGACCAACCAGACACGGCACGAGGCGGCGGAGGAGCUGGAGCUGCCCUUGAUAGAUCUGGCCGAGCUCAACAGCAGGGAUAGUGCCGUGAGGAAGGAGUGCCAGAGGAGGAUAGCCAGAGCUUCCCGGGAGUGGGGGUUCUUCCAGGUGGUCAACCACGGGAUCCCGCCGGAGGUUCUGGAGAACAUGAGAUCGGAGCAGGUGGGGCUCUUCAGCAAGGCGUUCGUGGAGAGGGAGAGGAACAUGAAGGUCCACUUUCCUGACGGGAAUUACCAGUGGGGGACACCGACUGCCACCAACCUGUGGCAGUUCUCUUGGUCGGAGUCUUUUCACGUCCCCUUGACCGACAUCUCCAACUCCUCCUCUGCAGCUGCUCAGACCAAUCUUAGGUCAACAAUGGGGAAAUUUGCAGCAAGGUCGAGGGAAUUAGCGCAAAAGCUGGCGGCGAUAUUGGUGGAGGAAUUGGGCGAUAAGCGGGGCAACUAUUUCCAAGAGAAAUGCCCGAUAUCCACUUGCUACGUUCGGAUGAACCGGUACCCGCCCUGCCCAAAUCACGUGUUCGGGUUGACGCCUCACACCGACAGCGACUUCCUCACCAUACUGCACCAAGACCAGAUCGGAGGGCUGCAUUUGGUGAAGGAUAAUAGAUGGAUCUCUGUUAAGCCUAAGCCAACCGCACUUGUCAUCAAUAUUGGAGAUCUUUUUCAGGUGUUGUUGCACGAUUUCCCGUACCCGACUUAUCCGUCACGUCAGGAGCAUCGGCUACGGGCAAUACGAACGUCUCCAAGGACGUACGUCCUCAACAGGCCAGCAAGGCCCAAUUGCAAGACUUACGUAGGAACCUUGGCCUUGGGAGCAGGCAGGACACAGGAGGCAAGCUCAUGGGGACGAACGUCCCCACCCCCUUCAUAGGAAGCCAAGAUCCUGGCAGGACACAGGAGACAAGCUCAUGGAGACGAACGUCCCUACUCCUUGGCAGGAAGCCAAGAUCCUGGCGGGAGGCAGGAGGCAAGCUCAUGGGGACGAACGUCUCCACUACUUGGCAGGAAGCCAAGAUCCUGACGGGAAGCAGGAGGCAAGCUCAUGGGGACGAACAUCUCCACUCCUUGACAGGAAGGCAAGAUCCUGGCGGGAAGCAGGAGGCAAACAUAGAUACGGGAAGUUCGAACAGGGCUAUUUUAGGAAUAAAAAAAUGUAAUAUUUGUAAUUAGGACCACAGAAGUCCCAUUUUGGGAAAUAAAGUUAAAUACUCCUAUUUUGGAAUUAGGAAAGCCAAUUAGUCCCAUUUAGGGUAAAUUCUCUUCUUAAAACUGUUUCUGCUCCUUCAAAGAGUAGAAGCAGAAGUUGGAAUGUUUGAGUGAAAUUGCAGAAGUACUUCCGGUACUCUAAUCUAUUCUUAGAAGCAGUUUUUUAGAAGUUAGGGGAUACCAGCUUCUGAAAACUGAUUCUGAUUCUUCUUCUGCUUUAAAAAAGAAGCAGGAACAGGAUCAGUUCCAAACACCCCAAAAACUUGACCAUAAAUCCAUAAUUGAUAUAUUUAGAUUUUUUUAAAAUAAGACUAAAACCUAAACAAAGUGUACAAAUAAGAUUACAUGUGUUUUAUUUUCAAAAAUGACUUAUUUGAUCCUAUUAAAAGUAUAAAAAUCUCUCUAUUAGGAGUGAAUGAGUCAUAUUUUAGGAAUAAAACAAUGAUGUUUUGUGUGUGCAUUUUGUCUAUGUUUUUGUCUAUAUAUGGAAUUUACUCCUAAUUUUUAUGUACAUAUAGUAAUAAAGUAGAAGUUGUUGUUGUUGAUAUAUAUAGAGAAAUAUAUUCAACCUUAUAUUUAUUACUUUAAAUAGAAAUAAAGUAGAAGUUGUGUAGUUGAUAUAUACAGAGAAAUAUAUUUAACCAUAUAUUUAUUACAUUAACUAGAAAUAACAAAAAAAACUUGGAACAGUUAAAUAAAUAAAGAAAUUUGACAAAAUUUUAUAGGAUAGAAGGAUAAAGUUAUAUAUAAAGUGGUCAUAUAUUAACGAAGUAUAAGAUUAUAAUUAUAUAAGUAAAAUCCUUAAUUGUUUCUCUUAUUAGAAAUAUAUUAGAUAGUACAAUUAAAGUCUUAAUAUGUAUAAUAAGCGCCAUUUAAAUUAUACUCGGUAAUAAGCAAUCAAUCUCAUCAUGUCUAAGAAACAAUAUGAUACUCCGCAUAUUAUAUCAAGAUUGAUUUGAUGCAACAAAAGAUAUCUCGCGUGACAUGUUAUUUGGCAGGCAUAUCUCUAUAUUUCCUAGCUCGUGUACUAUUUAAAAGACCAUUAAAAACUUCUGGUUGUAAGUUUGGUUGGACAAUUUUUAAGAGUUUUUACCAAAUAUGGAGUAAAAGAUCUUUUUUACAAGUUACACGGAGUGGUAUCUGAAAAAAGUCUAGCUUCUAACAUUAAUUAGUCAAACAGAACUAAAUAAAACAGUCAACUUUUUAGCAAACAACUACUACAUUAUUUAAGAUCUUUUCAUUCACUAAAAAAUAAUACUCCGUGUAUACUCUUUUUUGUGCUAAACAUAAAAACAUAAAAAUUCAAAAAAUAUUUUUUCAGUUAGUUGUGCUAAACAUAUCAUUAAUCUCAUAUUAAUUAAGUUGCUCGUGGUAAUGGUACUAAAUAUUAUACUUUUGUGAUUCAUUUGUCAAUAAUCUUAUGAUACAAUGUCUAAAUAAAUUGUUAUGCUUCAUACAAGCAUGGUAUGCUCUCGGAGAGACAAGGAGCGGCUGGAGAAGGCCUCCUCCAAUUUUUUUUUUAUAUGUUGAUAUUUUAAACUUUGACAUUCACAAUAUAACCGAUCGAUAUAAUGUGCAGGCAUGGAGCAAUGGGGUGUACAAAAGUGUUGAGCACCGGGUGGUUGCCAACCAAAGGAAAGAGAGAUUCUCCACAGCUUUCUUCUUUUGCCCAUCCUACAACACAACAAUUCAGAGUUCUUCUCAUCAGCCUUCUGUUUAUAAACCAUUCACUUUUGGAGAAUUCAGACGGCAAGUACAAGAGGACGUCAAGAAUACAGGCUCUAAAGUUGGCCUCCCCAGGUUUCUUGCUUCAUCAACUUAGUAGCUCGCUAGCUAAUUAUAAGCGCUGCUGCCAAACGCGCCACUGGCCUCGCAUUGCAUGUACUGCUUAUUAAUAAGAUCGAGGUUAAUACUACUAGUAUGUAAUAACAAGUUAUGAAACGUUACCUCCUUAAAAUGUGUAACAUAAUAAUAAGAAUCUACCGAAGUAAAAAAUGGUGUAAAACAUGACAAUAGAUACUCGAUCUUAAAACAUGACGACAGUCUUAUUUUAAAAUUCGCAAAUGGUUUGUUAAUUCCUAUUGAGGACAAUUUUCUUAACAAUCACAUAGUAUGUGUUUAUGUACCCUCUUCAUAAUACUCG